AUGCCGGGAGUAUUGACGUGCAACGCUUGCAACAAGGAGUUCGAGGACGAGGUGGAACAGAAGCUCCAUUACAAGUCCGAUUGGCACCGGUACAAUCUUAAGCGGAAGGUAAUCUCCACACUUGCGUAAGAAAUUUUGGGGUAGGGGUAUGUCUAUUAGGCUCUUUUAGAUUUUUCUAGGGCUCUAGUUGUCCGUCUGUACUACAAUUAUCUUUGUUUUUGCAAAACCUAAUUCAACGAAGAACCGAUGAUUUGGGGCUUGACGCUGUAUCUGCUCCUUGUCCUUCGAAAGAAAAUUAAUCAUAAUGUGGUUUGAUUUCUUUCUUGAAAAUUUACGCGGUUUCUGAUGCUGAUUUUCUCUCCUCUUCUGUUGAAAUUUCAGUUUUCUUAUUCACCUUUUCUAUUCUCAGUAGAAUUUUUAUGAAUAUGGCUUUAAUCUGUAUAUGAGUUGUUGGAUUUAGAUUUUCCUAUAAAUCAUGCACAUGAAGCAUGAAUCCUCCUAUUCAGAUUUUCGUAUUGCGAGUUAAAUUUAUAAGGAUAAACGGCAUUAUAAUGGGUGUUUGAGAUAUAAAAAAGGCCCACUGUGGUAAAUGACCAUGCGGAAGAACUUGACGCAGCCCCAGACUAAACAGCGGGAUAGUCAUAAGAAAUCAGAAAAUUUAAUGAAGAUCUUAGUUAGGCUCUUGUCACCAUUCGAUAACAUUCUGGAUGUUUUGCCUAUGCUGCUAUGAUUUUUUACUUCUUUAAACCAGAUUGAACGGAUAACUGAGCAUUUGUGCUUUCCAGGCUGUCCAGCGUCUUCCCUUAUCUUAAAGUUUUUUAGUGGUAGGUUAUCCUGGAAAAUUCUAUGCACCUCCUUGGUAAAAUCUGCUGAAAGGGUUAGGGUUACGGUUCAAUAUUUCCGUGAAGAUUUUUUUUUCUUGUUUGAACAUCCUAUGCAUUCCUCACUUCAUUGGUAAAAUACGAAGGCUACAGAUACAAUCUGCUAAGGAGUCUAUCCCGCUGUGAGAAUUAUAUUUUUGUUGCCUGACUGACUGAACAUCAUUUUUGCCUCUAGUCAAUGACUUUGGCAAACAGGAGGGCAGUUUUCUUAUAAUGUUUCUUUGACUACUCCCGUUGUCCAACGCCCAAGGCGUUCACUUUAUUUUAAUUUUUUUUCGUGAUUUUUGUCGAUGAUUACUUUCAUACAUAUCAAUUAAAGGUGAUGGGAAAGCAUCACAGCUUUCGUGUCAUAAAAAAUAAUUUACUUUAGUUCAAGAUUAUCGUAUUUUUUAUUUUUAAAAUGUAUUCUUGCACUGGCUGAUAAGGAGGAGAUCUAAUCCGAUCUGGAUUAGGAAUGAAUCUGCUCCAUCCAGGAUCCAAUCCUUGAUGCUGUCUAUGAAGUAGACGGAAACACUUGGGUGCUUGUGUUUAUUUUUUCCGGUUUAUUGUUUCUUGCUGUUGUUACCUUAAUCUUGAAUUCUGUAAAUUAUUGUUUUUUCUAAGCUCGUAUUAUCAUUUUUUUCUCCUCAUCAGAUUGCAGAACUACCAGGAGUGACCGAGACGUUGUUCCAAGCUAGGCAGUUAGCUCUGGCUGAAGAAAAAAACAGGUCAAAUGCAACCCCCAUGUCAUAUAUUUGUGUACUCUGUGGAAAAGAGUACCGAAGUUCUAAGGCUCUUGAUCAACAUCUCAAAUCGAAAGCUCAUAUCGUGAAAGCUUCUCAAGGACCGAUGCCAGACUCUGAGAUGACAGCCGUUAAACCUCUUACGACCCGUUCAUCCAGCGGGCAUAGUCGUACAGGAAACCCCGCUCUUGAAAGAAGGGUAGAACUUGAUGACAACGAAGAGAGUGAAGACGAAUGGGUUGAGGUUGACUCGGCUGAUGAGUCUUUAAUGAAUCUGGACGUAGAUCAGCAUGUCGUUGAUGAGGAAGAAAAGGAAAUGGAGAUAGAUUUGGAUACUACUUGUUGUUUUAUUUGUGAUAUGAAGCAUGAAACAGUAGAAAGCUGCACGGUUCACAUGCACAAACAGCAUGGGUUCUUCAUUCCUGACAUUGAAUAUUUGAAGGACGCUAAUGGAUUCCUCACCUUUCUGGGUCUCAAGGUGGGUCUAUGUCCCAUUUCGAUGUUACUCUGUGUUGUGUAACGAAAACUUUCAUGCCAAAGCUCAUGUCUCUUUCCGUUUCUUAGGUCAUGAGAGACUUCAAGUGCUUUUACUGUAAUGAUAGAUGCCGUCCUUUCCAAAGCCUGGAAGCAGUGAGGAAGCAUAUGAUAGCAAAAGGCCACUGCCGGGUUCGUUAUGGUGAUGGUGAAGACGACGAAGAAGCGGAGUUGGAAGAGUUCUACGAUUACAGCAGCAGGUGUCAUCUCAUUUAUUUAUUUUCUUUGGUUUUUUAUGAACUAUUUUUCGUCAAAUUUAGUUGACUAAAGGGGUUGUGUUUUUUUCUCUUCAGCUAUGAGGGCAUGGAUGGAAGUCAACUUGUGGUUGCAGACGACGAAAAUCAGAAUGUUGAACUCGGAUAUGGCGGCUCCGAGCUCAUAAUAACCAAGAGAAGUGAGAAUGGGGUAUCUGUAAAGACGUUCGGUUCUCGUGAGUUUUUGCGGUACUACCGGCAGAAACCCCGCCCAUCCGUCUCGAGGGAUGUGGCCCUGGCUAUCUCACUAGCUUCAAGGUACAUUUUGGCCUUUGAGCUUUCCCACAUCGUGCUUGGUAUCUAGGGUUUAAGACUUUCUUAGGGUUUGGCCCUAAGACUUUUCUUAUUUCACCAUGUUUGAUCUAUGAGGUUUAAGAUUUUAUUAUCUGGCCCUUGGGCUCUCUUAGUGUUCUAUAUUUGGUAUUUUAGGGUUUAAGAUCUUGGGGUUUUGGGCUCACGACUUUUUUAUUCGUCAUGGUUGACUAUUUCACUCACUAUUAUCUGAAGAUCAAUACGUAAACAUGCGAUCACAAUCCUGUAUUCUGAAUGAUCGUCAGGUAUAAGAGCAUGGGCCUGGUGACGGUGCAGUCGAGGGAGCAGAUACUGAGGAAGAAGAUCCAGCGGGAGCUGAGCCGAUCAGGAGUCGAGACCAUGCGCUCUAAGAUCGGGAUGAAGAGCAAUGUCAUCAGGAACCUCCCCAAGAACGUUCCCUAUUGA